GUCCUACGUGCGAUUGGUUGUGUUUCCAGGCAUUCUGGCGGCUGGUGUGGUUUUCCUGCCUUUCGAUUUGAUGUACAGUGAUGUCAGUCAAGGGUGUUCGCCUUGCAGGAUUGCAGUUUGCUCUCCGCAUGGAAGGUGGAGAGGGAAAGUGGAGGAGGAGAUACAAUAAACAAAAACAAUCCGUGCUGGCCGCCAUCUUGAAUCUAGUCAGUUUCAUUGAAUGAGAGAAAAAAAGACAGAGGAAUAAGAAACUGUAACACCGCCAAGUGAAUGACAGCUGCAGCGUUUAACAACUUCCCAUUCAAAAACAAAACCACCUCAGAUUCAAAGCGUGCAGGUUUUGAGCAUUUGUAUUGUGCAGUGUGUUGUCUCUAGAAGAACAAAGUUAUUGAGAGUGGAGCUUGAAGCAUUUAAUUUGGACUUGACAACCAAGAAGCCAAGACAGGCAGCAACAACAGGAUUGAGUGGUUUUUUUUGUUUAUCUUGUACCACAACAGAGGAAAAUCACCUUUCUCAUUUUAAAAAGAGGAACCCUUCGUUUUUCAAAUAUUGCUUUUUUUUUUUUUUUUUUUACUGGUAAUACGUGAAAUUGCGGACUAGAUUUAGCAGAAAGAAGAAACGUUUCCCAGGACAAGGAACACCCGUGACACGGAUAAAGUGGAUUUUGAAAGUAAUCCCUUCAAGACAUUUAUUUACACAAGUAGUGUAUCCAGGAUUGAGACAUGUGAAUUUGUGUUGUUACCACCUUAAAUUGAAUAACAUGUUGAUGUUACCCGAGUUUCAGAAUCCAUUAGGAACUCGGACGAUGAAAUGCAAAUCCUAAAAUGCGAUAACUGUCUUUUAAAUCUAUAUUGCUGCUGGAAUUAAUUUAAUACAAAAAAGAAAAAAAAAAAACGUUUUUCUCUUUGUUAAUAAAAUAAAACAUUCACUGAAUAAGGUGUGUUGUGGCAUAUUUGAACGUUUUCUUUUUUCUCGGUUGUGUUGUCGAUUUCGCCUAUUUGUAAACGUUGGAUGCAACAAGCUACGAUGUUUUCUGCAAAUGAGUCUAUGUAGGUAGUGUACAUGUAUUUUGAAUCUGUGGAUUUGUCAACAUCUUUUAAUUUCAAAGGUGGGAUCUUCAACAAGUGUUUAUCUGAAGAUAUUUUAAAAUAUGUCCAAUGUGCUCAUGCGUUCAUCCAGCCAAAUGACCCAUGUCUUUUGAGUUCAUUUCUGAGAAUCCAGAAGCGGGCCUUUCCUGCAAGGACCAGGGCUUUUGCCAACGUCAACUUUUUUUUUUUUUUUUUUUUUUUUUUUUUUUACUUAACAUUGUUUCUAUUUGUGGAUUUUAAGCGUGACAUUUGCUUAAAGAACAGAUGUGUCCAGUUAAAUUGAAAUAAAAACAUUGAAUGCGGAUGGACAUCCUUGGCUUUUGAGGGCAAUAUAAUUUUUUGGAUUUUAAAACAAGGAUUUGUUACCAGCUUGAAAAUGGGAGCAGCUACAAAACUAGCCUUUGCAGUGUUUCUCAUCUCGUGUUCCUCAGUGACUGAGUUCAUCCCAACCCCACCCCCACAUUAUAGAACAGAAUUAAAGGAUUACUCCACAUUAAGGCAACGUGCAAUCCUUGGUCGAUCAGAGACACAAGAGUGUAUUUUCCACAAUGCCAACUGGGAGAAGGACAGAACAAAUCGCAGCGGCAUUGAACCUUGUUUUGGUGAGAAAGAUAAAAGACGACACUGUUUUGCUACAUGGAAAAACAUUUCCGGGUCUAUUGAGAUCGUCAAGCAAGGCUGCUGGCUGGAUGACAUCAACUGCUAUGACAGAAAUGACUGCGUGGAAAAGAAAGAAAGUCCAGAUGUGUUUUUCUGCUGCUGUGAAGGCAACAUGUGUAAUGAGAGGUUUUUUUAUACCCCAGAAACUCUGGUCAUUGAACCAACGUCCAACCCGGUUACACGGAAGCCCCAGCUGUUCAACAUACUGCUGUAUUCACUGCUGCCCAUCAUGGGGAUAGCCAUCAUUGUCAUUUUCUCAUUCUGGAUGUACAGGCAUCACAAACUGGCAUAUCCUCCAGUACUAGUUCCUACCCAAGAUCCAGGGCCACCACCUCCAUCCCCUAUACUCGGACAGAAGCCAUUGCAGUUACUUGAGAUCAAAGCAAGAGGGCGCUUUGGCUGUGUCUGGAAAGCACAGCUAUUAAGUGAAUAUGUGGCUGUCAAAAUAUUCACAAUUCAGGAUAAACAGUCAUGGCAGAAUGAAUAUGAAAUCUACACCCUGCCUGGAAUGAAACAUGAGAAUAUUCUUCACUUCAUUGGUGCAGAAAAGCGAGGCACUAACAUUGACGUGGAGCUUUGGCUGAUUACAGCUUUUCAUGAAAAGAGUUCAUUGACUGAUUAUCUUAAGGCAAAUGUUGUCACUUGGAAUGAGUUGUGCCAUAUUGCUCAAUCUAUGACAAGAGGGCUAUCUUAUCUUCAUGAAGAUAUACCAGGCCUAAAAGAAGGGCACAAGCCAGCCAUAGCCCACAGGGACAUCAAAAGCAAGAACGUGUUGCUGAAAAACAACUUGACCGCCUGUAUAGCUGACUUUGGGCUGGCUUUGAAGUUUGAAGCUGGGAAGUCUGCUGGUGAUACUCAUGGUCAGGUCGGCACUCGCCGAUAUAUGGCUCCAGAGGUACUCGAAGGGGCAAUAAACUUUCAGCGGGAUUCUUUCCUAAGAAUAGACAUGUACGCAGUGGGUCUGGUGCUGUGGGAACUGGCAUCGCGAUGCACAGCAGCUGAUGGUCCUGUUGAUGAAUACAUGUUGCCAUUUGAAGAGGACGUGGGCCAGCACCCAUCUCUGGAAGAUAUGCAGGAGGUUGUGGUUCAUAAGAAAAUUCGACCCAUAUUGAGAGAGUGUUGGCAGAAACAUGCAGGAUUGGCAAUGUUGUGUGAAACUAUUGAGGAGUGCUGGGAUCACGAAGCUGAAGCCAGGUUGUCUUCUGGCUGCGUUGAGGAACGAAUCUUACAGAUGCAAAGACUGACAAACACCAUUACCCCAGAGGACAUUGUUACAGUGGUCACCAUGGUGACAAAUGUAGACUUUCCACCAAAAGAAUCCAGUCUAUGAUGGCUGCAGUGGUCAAAACAGAAGUAUACCCUGACCAAUCAGACUCUAGUCCAGAGCUGCUAAACUAACUCAGCCGGUUACCAUUAUGGGGGGGGGGGGGGGGAUGGAGACUUUUCUACAAUGGAAUAGCACCGGAAAAACGUGUUUGCAGUUGUGUGCCUGAAGACUUACACCUGGUUGCUGUAAACCAGGGGGGAAAUCCAUUCAGGAUCCUUUAAAUAAGAAGGGCAGAAAUGGCCAUCGCCUGCAUUGCAAAGACCUUGUAAUUUAAAUAAAGAACUGUCGUCAGAUAUUUUUUGGUAUCUGACUAAAAAAGACUUCAUCAAAUGGACAACUGCUAGUUUUUUAAGAAAACAAGAAAAAAAACGAAACAAAAAUAAAACACCACAGAUCAUUUCAUUUCAGUAUAAAAAGGCCAACUUGUUUUUGAUGCAUUUGCUGUUUUGUGUUUAUAUAAAUGAAUAUUGUAAUGCCAAUAUGAAACAGCCUGUGAAUGUUUAGUGUGCUGCUGCUGUACGUAUAUCAACAAAAAUGGUAAUUAAGGUUAUUUGGAGGGAUUUGCUUCCAAGCAUUACUUCAAAUAACCAUAAACCUCCCUCAACAAGGUAUACCUCAGUUCCACAUCUGACGAAUAAUAAUUUUGUUAACACUAAAACAAUCUGAAUAUAUCAGUUGAUCUGUUCGGUAUUUAUGCAUAAAAAAACUCACCAUUUUAAAAGGGUAAGCUAUACUCUUUGCCAACAGAAAAUGGCCAUUCAUACAACAGUGUUUCUGCCUUUUUUUUGUUCUAGCUUAUUGUAUAUUAAUUUGCCCUGCUGUUUCUAAAUGAUUAUUUCAGCUAAGCGUUUGUUUUAGUAAAGUAUUUUUUCAAACUCCCCUCAGUUUAAUUAAAAAAAAAAAAAAAAAAAAAAAAAAAAAGUGAAAGCACUUUCCUUUUUAGGGUUCCUGUGUCUGUGAAAUAUUUAAGAAUAUAUGCAUGCCUUUCUUUUCAUCCCUUGUGAGCUGUGACAGUGGUAUUCCUAAAUGUUUUUUUGUUUUUAAGUUGUUCCUUUUUUCCUACUGUUGGUGUGUUGCUUUUUCUCUACCUUUUACCUGACUCACAGUUAAAGGUCUUCUGGUAUCACUGUAUCAAAUACACCUCAGGAAGCUUUGUUUCUAAAACCCCUCUCUCUGCUUCGAGCCACAAGUGACUUUGUGGCACUUGUUUUUUGAUGCCAGUAAACAUUCAACAUCUGUGGUGUAUAUUAUACACAACAAAUGCAUUAAUUGAUGGGACUAGAACCAGGGGAAAAAAAUACACUUGUGUGUGCUUGUGUAUUGAAAAACAUUGGUGAAACCGGCAAACUCAUCUUUUUAAACUUAGGUAACCUUAAGCAAAAAAAAAAAAAAAAAAAUCUACGGAAAAUAUAGGAAUAUAUCCAGAAACAUGUUCAUUAGCAGUUAAUAUACUGCAUUUUAUCAAAUUUAAGACAUACUUGCAGGAAAUACUAAUUUUGUAUUUAAAGUAUUUUUUUUUUAUUUUCACAGACACAUGUUCUAUAUUGCUUUUUAAAGAAGUUCAGGGAUACAAUACUAUGCUUUACUAAGUUAAUUAUAUGCAAUCAAUGCAGGUACAGCAACAUACUGACAUUGCCAAUUUGGCAAAUGUGACAAAAUUGUAGCAUUUUUAAAUAAUAAACUUUCAAGUGCUGUUGUCUUUAUUUUUAGACAAUACAUUGCCAUGCCUGAGAGGUUAGGAGCAGGUGCCAACUUUACUGUAAAUGCACACUAAUAGAUCUGCUUUUCUUUUUUGACAAGACCCGGAUAUAAGAAGAUAGGUGUGCUUAUUUGCAUACAGAUAAAAUAACUGACGAUAGUUAUAUAUUUUAAAUGUGGGUCGUUUGUCUCGAACAGUAUUCAGAUAAAUGAAAGGGACAAAGUGUUAUUUCUCACUAUCAACAAAUAUAAUCUAACUGUGAAUCUUUUUGCAUAUUGCAGAUUAGCAGCUUUAGAAAAAAAAACAGUACACUAAAAUGAUAAGUAAAUAUAUACUUACUGCUGAAAUCUGUGAGAAUGUUUGUAAAAUAGGUCACCAGACUCCAAGCAGGGAGGGGUGGAAGGCGUAUAUGCAAUUGCCUAUGUAUUACACCUGCCAUUGUGCUGUUCACUGUAGCCAUGUGACUCAACCCUAUUUUAGGUUACUGGUACUAUUGGAUGUGAUUUGUCUCUAUUAUAAUAUUAAAAAAUAAAGGCAUACAUCAGAGUGUGCACUUAACUGUUUGCAGUUGUUUGUAGGUUUAGUCACCUUUUUUCAGCCUCAGGCAUCAGAUUUUAAAGCUGGCUCUUAAUCUAAGCAACUUUGUUGAGUGAAAAAUUGCACAACCAAGUUUGCUAGCAACAGCACUGUUCACACAGCAACUGCCUGAUUGUGUGGUGGGCAGUCCAAAUACUAGACAACAAGUGGGCUGCUCACAACAAGCUGGACUACCAAAUGAUGUUGGUGCGGACCUGGCUUUAGAAAAAAAUAUUACUGUAAUUGUUUGUACAAAAUCAAACUUAUUUCUGGUAUUAUUGAAAUGAAUAAAAGCCAAACCCUUAACAAAAGAUUGUCACCCAAAUCCAUAGAUAAUGAACAUUAUGUAAAUACAGAUUUUAUUCUAGAAUGUGGAUAAGCAUGAGUUUUUCAAGUUAGCAUAUAGAAAUAACCUGCAGUAGCAAGUACAAUUUUUUUUUUAAAUAAUGUAUUUGUAGACAUUUAUCUUUAAGCCCAAAUAUUGUCACCUCAUUUUUUUUCAGUAUUUUUUUAACUUUUGGACAAAACACUACAAUUGACACCUUGGAUCUUAACAUUGUUUACCUCGGAGAUCUGACCAGCAGUGUGUUUUAUAAUGCAGUUUCGGUUCAUGUGACACACAUUACCUCUCAAUAUGCCAGAAAGCUAUUAUGUUAGCUUUAGUCUAUGUAUCUCUGCUGAUGUUCUGUGUUUCUUGGGCACAAAUGACUGUACUACUGUACUUGUCGUUUUCUGCAAGUAUUAACAAAUGAUUUCAGAGGCUUGGUUGGAAGUGAUUGUUAAAUAUUGUACAGAUAAAUUGUAUGCUACCCCCCUUAAAAUAAAGUAUAGUGAGUGCUCAA